CUCUCCCUCCAGCUCUCUCAUUCUUGUUGAAAGUGGUGAAGUCAUAUUUCAGACAAGGGUGUUUGCUGUAUUUAUGUUGGCAGUCUUGUACAGUGCACUGUGGACUGCGUUGUAAAGAAGAGCGGGAACACAGCAGAGCAGAACAAGCCUAGACCCACCUGUAUUUACCUGAAAGCAACUCCAUAAAGAUCAGCAUGGCGAACAGAGGUCCUCAGUACGGUCUGAGCCGUGAGGUGCAGAACAAGAUCGAUAAGAAAUACGACACAGAACUGGAGGAAAGGCUGGUGGAAUGGAUCAUCAUGCAGUGUGGCUCUGCAGUGGGUCGACCCGAACCAGGCAAAGCGGGCUUCCAAAAUUGGCUGAAAGAUGGCUGCCUCCUGUGUGAGCUCAUCAACAGCCUGAGUGGACCCAACAAACCAGUGAAGAGCAUUAAGCCCUCCUCAAUGGCAUUUAAACAGAUGGAGCAAAUCUCCUUGUUUCUCAAAGCUGCAGAAAAUUAUGGAGUCACCAAAACUGACAUGUUCCAGACGGUUGACCUCUUUGAAAGCAAAGACCUGGCUGCUGUCCAGAGGACCCUGAUGGCUCUGGGGAGCUUGGCUAUCACAAAGGAUGAUGGGAAUUACAAAGGAGACCCCAACUGGUUCCAUAAAAAAGCACAAGAGAACAGGAGAGAAUUUACAGAGGAACAGCUGAGUGAGGGCAAGAAUAUCAUUGGUCUGCAAAUGGGAACAAACAAAGGAGCAUCUCAAGCUGGUAUGACGGGUUAUGGUCAAGGCAGGCAGAUCAUCGGUAACCCCUGAGGAUGGCAAGUCGCACUGUGACACUCCUCCACCUGCCCACUGCUCCGACAGGCCAGCCACAAAGGAGGGGAGAAAUUCUGACUCUUACCUCAGCCGUGAGGUGAAAUGUGACAUGACUCUUUUCUUGACUGAACUGGACCAAGACGAGGACCAACAACAACAUGUGCACAUAUUGAAUACACACUUCAUGUUGAGCUCACACACAUAGUACACAGAAACCUUAAAAGGAUUAGACCUAACAUACUUAUACUUUAAACAUUCCCAGUUUGUGGUUUAAAAUAUUCUGCUAGGAUGUCAUAUAAAAAUUUGUAUUUUUCUAAAAAUGAUUCUUAACUAUAAGUCAGAUGCUAUCGUUAAAACUUAAAAUAUACAGAGCAUUGUUUUCAGUUUUAUGCACUUAAUCAACUUGCAGAAACUUGUAACUUGCUUGACAAAAAUAUUACAUUACAUUACACAUUAUGGGUGGAAACGUCUUUAAAACGUUACCUAUUCAUGUGUUUCUUAAAUGGAUAGCACUGCCACAUCCAUUAUUUAUUUUUUUACAGUUGGUUUUCUUCUGUUUAUCUGUCAGUGUUUUGGAUUUUCACUGAAUGUACCACACAGCCAGAACGUACCUUGAAAUAUAAUAGCAUAUUUUCAACAUAUUUGUUAAAUGGGUUGAUUUAGCAGCAUCAAGCAAACAUCAAGUCUCUGUUCAAAUCACAAAUAGACGGCAAAGAUCCCUUCCUAAUGUACUUUCAGUGAAAGUGAUGAGGUCUAAAACUAAUUCAUCUCUCUGCAUCAUGGAACCUCAUUUAAAGUUGUUGUAUUUCCACUGAAACACAGGAGGGAGUGAUUUUUAAUUGCCAGACUGUAUCAGCCAGCAAAUCCUGUCUCUGUGAUCAUAUGAUAAUCUGACUUUAGUUUUUAGGCAGAAAUUGGAAAAUUUGAACUCCCCUUUAAGCCAAAAUUAAUUGUUAAUACGUUACAACAAUAAAAUCCACUGCUAUCAUACAAGGAACUUUUUAAACUGCCUCACCGAUGGAAAUCCUUACAAAAUGCCUGAAAUAUAUUUUUACUAAUUCAAUUUGUAAAACUGCACUCUCAGACAUCUCUCUAGUCAAUUUGUUGGACCUUCUUUUUAGAUUUUAAUACAGUCUUUGUGUUGAUGAUAAUGUUGGUGAAAUAAAAUUUGAUAAAAUCCUC